AUGAAUGAACUCCUAUUGUUGUUGUCUUUUAUGCUUACAAGAUGUUCUAUAAUAUCAGUUAUUGGAGAAACAUCCGAUGUUGCAAUACUGCCACUUGGGACUCUUGAGGAUUUUACGUUUCCAAAUGAGACUAUUAUGAAUGACAUCAACAUAACAAAGAUACUUCGUUAUGGCUUCCACGACACACAGAAAUGUAAAAAAUUUGAGAGAGCUUACGCUUGUAUACAUUUGUGCUUAUCAAAGGGUUACGACAUUGCUCGUUCUAAUAAGGAUUGCUUUUGUAAAUGUUACAAGGAUAAAAAUAAGCAAAAAUAUUUCCCAAGACCAAUCAACAAAUGGAAGAUGCCAACAACGAAGACACCAUUCUGGGCAAACCCUAAUCCUGUUCCUUUAGCACAAGUGGACGACCAGGAGGAACAAAUUGACAUUUUAAAGCAACCGUGUAAUGAAACAGGAGCUAAUAAUACACAGGAGAUAAUGGACCAAGAAUCAUACAACACUACCGCUAAUGAUACUUUGUCACCUGGGAACAUAACUGAGGAUAACAGCACAACUGAUUCAACUGAGACAAAUGAACCUGAACAGACAGGAGAAACAGAGACAGGAGAAACAGAGGCAGAUAACCAAUAAUGAUGUAGGUUUUAUAAGUUAAGCACAAGUGCGUUUUUAU